UUUGUAGGUUAUGAACUUAUGAGUACCCAGUAUUCUGGUCCUCCCACCAAUGGGGUCCCAUUUCCGGGCCCUCCUGGUGGCAAAGCUCCACCUCAAAUGAUGGGAAGACCGCCGUUUUCCGGGCCGCCCAAGUUCUCAGGCCCUCCACCCAGCUUCAACGGAAGACCAGCGGGACCCCCAUCGUUUGCAGGGCAUCAAGGUGGCCCACCAUCCAUGGGACCUCCCUCCAUGGGACCUCCCUCAAUGGGACCUCCCUCCAUGGGACCUCCCUCUAUGGGACCUCCCUCCAUGGGACCUCCCUCUAUGGGACCUCCCUCUAUGGGACCUCCCUCUAUGGGCCCUCCAAGAGGUCCUCCUAGUAGUGUAGCUUCACCGGGUGCAUUCCAACCUCCUACGUCUAUGCAGCCUCCCCAGAUGAUGCAGCCUCCGCCUGUAUCACAACCCCCAACUAGCCAGAUGGGAAGUAUGUCUUUGCAAAACAACCAACCGCCUAAAGCUCCUUCUCCUGCAGCGAACCUGUUUAGUUCGGCUCCUGCUGCUAACAACUCUUUCUUUGACAACCAAGCCCCUAGUGGUCCUCCUAGUGGUAAUGCAACACCCACUUCAGCUCCUUCUCCAUUCAAUGGAGUGCCUGCAACAUCUGCUCCUGGACCAUUUGGUGGUGCUCCUCCCACGUCCAGUCCAUCGCCGUUUGGUGGUGCUCCAGCUCCUGUUUCCAACCCUGCCGCUGCGAACCCUUCACCGUUUAAUUAUGGACCACCAUCUUCAGCUCCAGGACCUUUUGGUGCCGCACCACCAGCUUCAAAUGCAAGUCCGUUUGGUGCCGCACCACCAGCUUCAAAUGCAAGUCCUUUUGGUGCCGCACCACCAGCUUCAAAUGCAAGUCCGUUUGGGGGCUUCCCACCAGCAUCUAAUAACGCAGGACCACCCACAUCUAAUCCAUCUCCGUUCGGUGCUGCACCUCCAUCCUCAGCUGCCUCACCCUUUGGACCACCAUCACCGAACCCCGGACCUCCAAGACCAACUCAAGCAUUAAACAAUGCCCCAUUUGCUCCCCCAUCGUCAGGAGUGCCGUCUUUCCCGCCUAGGGCACAAGGACCACCUCAGCCAUCACCUCCACAACUCAAUCAGGGACCAUUUGGACAACCUGCAACUUCUAAUAUGUCUCCGUUUGGAGGACCACCUGGACCCCCAACUUCAAAUGGACCUUUCCAAGGAUCACCCUCCUCCCAACCAAGUCCAUUUGGUGCACCAACAUCUCAGCCUCCUAUGUCUGCUCCAUCAGGAUUCGGACCACCACCAAAUAGACCAGCAAUGGGCCCUCCGUCAACCAAUGGUCCACCUACUAGUAACGCUUUUAACCAGCCACCUUCAAGCUUUUCACCUGGUCUACAAGGCUUUGGAAGCCAACCAGGCCCCCCUCAACCGUACUCCCAGCCUCCUGGACCUCCAGGCCCCUAUGGAGCGCAACCUGGUCCUAAUGGCCCUCCUAUGGGAGGUCCUCCUAUGGGUGGUCCUCCGACAUCGAACUAUGGUCCUCCUCCUGGAUCAAACAUAGGACCCCCUCCCAUCAUGAACGGUCCACCUCCAUCAAGAGGCUAUCCCGGGUCAACAUCUUCAGGUCCCCGACGUCCUUACCCUUCCAAUAUUAGUUAUGGUGUCAAUUCACCAGCUACCCUCACCAAUGCUCCAAUUCCUCCUCCACCAGGAUCGCAAGGACCAGGUCCUAGACACCCCUCAGCUCCUGUCAUAGCAAACCCUGGUGCAAGUUUAGUAGGACAACUACCCUCCGUCCCGCAACCAGCCCCUCACCAACCUCCUGCUAAGAGCAGAAUCGAUCCUGACCUCAUGCCUAAUCCUCUUGAUGUGCAGAAAGUAGAUCAGACUCAGUACGCAGGGAAGCACUGGGUCACAUCAACUCCCGGAGUCCCCCCACUAAUCUCAACUAACGUGCCUCUCCUUGAUGCUGGCAACUGCACGCCUAGGUUCAUACGGUCUGCUUUCUACAGCAUUCCUACUACCAAGGAGCUGGCUAACCAGAUCAGCAUGCCUAUCAGUUUUGCGGUACAGCCUUGUGCCCGCCUUGGUCCUGGAGAAGCACCUCUAGCAGUUAUUGACAUGACCGUCCUUGGAGGACCACUGCGAUGUCGCCGAUGUAAAGCUUACAUUAACCCCAAUGUAAAGUUCGUUGACGGAGGACGGAAGUUUAUCUGUAACUUGUGCUCUGUGGAUACGGAGGUUCCACCAGAGUAUUUCUGUAAUCUGGAUCACACGGGACGGCGAGCUGACACAGCAGAUCGCCCGGAACUCAGCAGGGGCAGUUACGAGUUCCUGACAACAACUGAUUACUGUAAGGGCAGCUCGUUCCCUCAAUCUGCUGCCUACAUCUUCGUUAUUGAUGUGACCUACGCUUCUUUCCAAUCUGGCAUGGUUCAGACCUUAACAUCGAACAUAGCGGCUGUGCUGAACAACCUUCCAAAGGAGGAGGGCCAAGAGAAGAGCCCGAUCAGAAUAGGAUUUAUAACUUACAACACUCAACUCCACUUCUACAACCUCAAUCCUAACCUAGCUCAACCCGCUAUGCUGGUACAACCAGACAUGUCGGAAGUGUUUGUUCCCAUGACAGACGGGUUCCUGGUGACAGUAGAAGAAGCUCAGACCCACCUCAAGACACUGAUGGAGCUGAUACCUACUCUCCACAGUGCGGAGAAGAAAGCGGAGAGUGUCAUGUUGCCUGCUAUUCAGGCGGGGUGUGCUGCUCUCAAGGCCGCUAACAGGCCCGGGAAAAUUAUCAUGUUCCACAGUUCGCUGCCAGUUGCACCAGGACCUGGACAGUUGAAGAACAGAGAGGAUAAAAAGUUACUUAAUACUGAUAAGGAAGCAACUCUGUUAGUACCUGCGGAUCCAAUAUUCGAGAAGACUGCCCGGGAGUGCGUGGAUGCAGGAGUUGGGGUGGACAUGUUCCUCUUCCCGCACGCGUACGUUGACGUGGCCAGUAUGGGUAAGAUAGCUACGGAUACUGGUGGGGUUAUUCAGAGAUUCCCUAUGUUUAGGGCUGAUGUGGACGGAGAGCGACUAAUCCAGGAUCUGGCAAUGCACAUUGCUGAGCCGUGCGUGUUCGACACAGUGCUGCGCAUGCGCACAAACGCAGGCGUCAGACCUGUCGAGUUCUGCGGUAACAUGAUGAUGCAGAACGCAACUGAUAUGGAGAUAGCUGUUAUCAAACCGAACUCUUGUAUUACUAUUGAGAUUAAACACGACGACAAACUUAGUGAGGACUUCCAGGCCUACGUCCAGGUAGCUCUACUCUACACAAGCAUGUCGGGGGUACGUAAACUGAGGCUGCACAACUUGGCACUUCCUGUUUCCAGCAAUCUAGCCGACCUUUACAAGUCAUGUGACAUGGACACUGUCGUGAACUCUCUUACUAAAGAGUUCGGUAAAGCUCUCGUCAGUAGCCACUCCUACAAAAACCUUAAAGAGCAGCUGCUGCAGCGAGUUAGCAACAGUUUGGCUUGUUACAGACAGAACUGUGCUGCUCCCUCUCAACCUGGACAACUCAUACUGCCAGAAACUCUCAAACUACUUCCUCUUUAUUCUCACUGUCUCUUGAGAUCUCCUGCUCUUAUGCCUUCUGUUGAGGUAUCGUUUGAUGAGAAGAGUAAUCUGUUACAACGACUAGCAAUGAUGACUGUCGAGGAAACAGAGUUGUUCCUGUACCCCAGAUUAUACAACUUGAACACUUCCACACUGGGUAACGAAGGAAUGCCACCUAUUAUCCGCUCUUCCUACGAUCGUAUCCGUGAAUCUGGAGCUCACCUUCUCGACAACGGAUUAGUCCUCAUUCUGUGGGUUGGAGCCAACACUCCCUCCAAGUGGUUACAAGAGGUGAUGGGUGUUACAGUCCUGGAUCAGGUGGAUCCAACUGUUGGGAACUUGCAACCCUUCGAUAACCCUACCUCCAUUCGAAUACGAGGUAUUAUCGAUGAGAUUAGGGUUAAAAGGAAGCAACAUCUGCGGUUAAAUGUUGUCCGGCAGAAGGAUAAGACCGAACAUAUAUUCAUGCAAUUUUUGGUGGAAGAUAAAACUGAGCUGGGGAUGAAUUAUACUGAUUUCUUAUGUUCGGUUCACAGGGAGAUUAGAAAUAUUUUAAGCUAGAAUUUUGUUUAAUCGACAAUAUCUGCUGUUCCGUUGUUGAUACACACAGACAAACUUUGAAUCGUGUUUUUGUUCAAAGUAAAUUGAGAGGUGAACUGUAAAAAUGAGAUCUAUCCGAGAAGUCUAAAGUUAGCGUUAAACCCAGACCUGUACAAAAGAAUCUGUAGAGUUGUGUACCAGAUUAGUUGAGGUGAUUAGAUGUUAAAAUGAAUAUUGAUUUUUCUGUAAUUUAGAUAAUUAUAUGAUUAAAAAGUUGGUGAUACGGGAUUUCAACUCUUAAUUUAGGCUAAUAUAACGUGACGUUUUAUAUUUUUCGUCCCGUAUCACCAACCCGGUUAGUGUAGUUGGGUCACAAAAGUUUUUAUUGCUUUUAACAUUAAUGUCUGAAAGUAACUUUACCUUAUAACAGUUCAUAAAAGCUUUGAAGCAUUUGAUUGCAGGAAUAAUUUGCGAUUAAAGAGUAUUGAUUACUUAAAAUGCUUUUGUAUAUGACCACUCUGGGAAAGUUUCAGAUUUUCUUUGUUGA